CCUGGGCGGCCGUAGACCAACGCCUAGCGCGCAUGCGCGGAGAACUCGCGGCGUCAGGCCGGCCUGAGAGAGCUGCGAUAGGACGUGCACCCUAGCCAUGAAGACUCGCUUCAGCACCGUUGACCUCCGCGCGGUGCUCGCGGAGCUGAAUGCGAGCUUGCUAGGAAUGAGAGUAAACAAUGUUUAUGACGUGGAUAAUAAGACUUACCUUAUUCGGCUUCAAAAACCAGACUGUAAAGCUACUCUUUUACUUGAAUCUGGUAUACGUAUUCACACAACAGAAUUUGAGUGGCCGAAGAACAUGAUGCCAUCUAGUUUUGCCAUGAAGUGCCGAAAACAUUUAAAGAGUCGGAGAUUAGUCAGUGCAAAACAGCUUGGUGUGGAUAGAAUUGUGGAUUUCCAAUUUGGAAGUGAUGAAGCUGCUUAUCACUUGAUCAUUGAGCUCUAUGAUAGGGGGAACAUUGUUCUUACAGAUUAUGAGUACCUCAUUUUAAAUAUCCUAAGGUUUCGAACUGAUGACUCAGAUGAUGUUAAGUUUGCUGUGCGUGAACGCUAUCCAGUUGAUCUUGCUCGAGCUGCUGAACCUUUACUUACUUUGGAAAGAUUGACUGAAGUAAUAGCUAAUGCUCCCAAGGGUGAACUACUGAAGAGAGUUCUCACCCCAUUACUUCCCUAUGGGCCAGCUCUUAUUGAACACUGUCUUAUAGAAAAUGGAUUCCCUGGCAAUGUCAAAGUGGAUGAAAAACUUGAAAGUAAAGAUAUUGAAAAGAUACUGGUUUGUCUGCAGAAGGCAGAAGACUAUAUGAAAAAAGUAUCCAGCUUCAAUGGAAAGGGAUAUAUAAUUCAGAAAAGAGAAGUAAAACCAAGCCUGGAUGCAGACAAACCAGUUGAAAAUAUACUCACGUAUGAGGAAUUUCAUCCUUUCUUGUUUUCUCAACAUUCACAAUGUCCACAUAUAGAAUUUGAAUCAUUUGACAAGGCUGGGGAAGAAUUUUUUUCGAAGAUAGAAGGAAAAAAAAUUGAUUUAAAAGCUUUGCAACAGGAAAAGCAAGCACUGAAGAAAUUAGAUAAUGUCCGAAAGGAUCAUGAACACAGGUUAGAAGCUCUUCAGCAGGCUCAGGAAAUAGACAAACUGAAAGGAGAGCUCAUAGAAAUGAACCUGCAGAUAGUUGACAGAGCCAUUCAGGUAGUUCGAAGUGCUUUAGCUAACCAGAUAGACUGGACAGAAAUUGGAGUCAUUGUGAAAGAAGCUCAAGCUCAAGGAGACCCUGUUGCAAAUGCAAUCAAAGAAUUAAAACUGCACACAAAUCAUGUUACAAUGCUCCUAAGAAAUCCAUACUUGUUAUCAGAGGAGGAAGAUGAUGAUGUUGAUGGUGAUGUCAAUGUUGAGAAAAAUGAAACUGAGCUACCAAAAGGAAAAAAGAAAAAGCAAAAGAACAGACAGUUGCAGAAGCCUCAGAAAAACAAGCCAUUGCUUGUUGAUGUGGAUCUCAGUCUGUCUGCCUAUGCCAAUGCCAAAAAGUAUUACGAUCACAAGAGAUAUGCUGCUAAAAAAACACAGAAGACUGUUGAAGCUGCUGAGAAGGCAUUUAAGUCAGCAGAAAAGAAAACAAAGCAAACCUUAAAAGAAGUACAAACAGUUACCUCUAUUCAAAAAGCAAGAAAAGUAUAUUGGUUUGAAAAAUUUCUGUGGUUCAUUAGCUCUGAGAAUUAUCUAAUUAUAGGUGGACGAGAUCAGCAGCAGAAUGAGAUGAUUGUGAAAAGAUACUUGACACCAGGAGACAUUUAUGUGCAUGCUGAUCUUCAUGGAGCUACCAGCUGUGUGAUUAAAAACCCAACAGGAGAACCCAUCCCUCCAAGGACAUUGACUGAGGCUGGCACAAUGGCACUUUGCUACAGUGCUGCUUGGGAUGCACGAGUUAUCACUAGUGCUUGGUGGGUGUACCAUCAUCAGGUGUCUAAAACAGCACCAACAGGAGAGUAUUUGACAACAGGAAGCUUCAUGAUAAGAGGAAAAAAGAAUUUCCUUCCUCCUUCAUAUCUAAUGAUGGGGUUUAGCUUCCUCUUUAAGGUAGAUGAGUCUUGUAUUUGGAGACAUCGAGGUGAACGAAAAGUCAGAAUACAGGAUGAAGACUCGGAAACACUGGCAAGUUGCACAAGUGAACUCAUAUCAGAAGAAAUGGAACAGCUAGAAGGAGGUGAUACCAGCAGUGAAGAAGAUAAAGAGGAAUUGCAUAAUACUCCUGCAGAAGUAGAACUCUUGACUCAGGUUGACCAAGAGGAUAUUGCUUUUCAGAGUGGUAGAGAUGAACUAAGUGAAUUAAUUCAGGAAGAAAGCUCUGAAGAUGAAGGAGAAUCUGAAGAAGCUGCAAAAGAUCAAGAGCUUAUUGUUGAAAUGAAGGAUGAAGAGGAAGAUACAUUCGAUUACCCUGAUACUACCAUUGACCUGUCCCACCUUCAAACCCAAAGGCCUCUCCAGAAAUUGGCUUCAAAAGAAUCUUCUAAUUCAAGUGACAAUAAGUUACAGAGCCGGAGACAUUUGUCAGCCAAGGAAAGAAGAGAAAUGAAAAAGAAGAAGUUUCCAACUGACUCAGGGGAUUUAGAAGCGAUAGAAGGAAAGGAAAAAGAAAAAGAGAGUGCUGUGCACACUGAAAUUUACCAGAACACAAGCAAAAAUGUUGCAGCAGGGCAACCAAUGAAAAGAGGACAAAAGAGUAAAAUGAAAAAAAUGAAAGAAAAAUACAAAGACCAGGAUGAAGAAGAUCGUGAACUAAUUAUGAAAUUGCUGGGGUCUGCAGGUUCAAACAAAGAAGAAAAAGGGAAGAAGGGAAAGAAAGGAAAGGUGAAGGAUGAACCUAUGAAGAAACAGCCCCAGAAACCCAGAGGUGGACAAAGGGUUUCAGACAGCAUUAAGAAAGAAACUCCAUCUCUUCACGUGGUAACUCACGAAUUACAAGAUUUAGCUGUAGAUGAGCCACAUGAUGACAAGGAAGAGCAAGAUCUGGAUCAACAGGGAAAUGAGGAAAAUCUGUUUGAUUCUUUGACAGGCCAGCCACAUCCUGAAGAUGUACUAAUGUUUGCCAUUCCAAUAUGUGCCCCUUAUACCACCAUGACAAGCUAUAAAUAUAAAGUGAAACUUACUCCUGGAGUUCAGAAAAAGGGAAAAGCUGCAAAAACAGCCUUGAAUAGUUUCAUGCAUUCCAAAGAAGCAACAGCAAGAGAAAAAGACUUAUUCCGCAGCGUGAAGGACACAGAUUUAUCAAGAAACAUUCCUGGCAAAGUGAAAGUGUCGGCACCUAAUCUUCUGAAUGUAAAAAGGAAAUAGCUGAGAAGAAGUCCUAAAAUACUGAGAAGAGUGAAUUUUAUAGCCUUGUGGAGGUUCAAAGAUGCAAACACCAUGUUAACAGGACUUCCAUAUUUUAAAAUGAAGUACAUAUUGCCUUGCUAUAUUCGCAAAAGGACUUAAUUCUUUUUUCCAGUUUUAUAUAGAACACUAUAAUAGGAUUUCCUAAAAUAUUUGUCAAGUUCAAAUGCUAAAGCUAUACAUCUGUAAUUAUUAUACAUUUUACUGAAAUUCUUGAGUCAAUACUAAGUGCACAUUUCAUGGUGUAAAGAAUGUGAAGUGGCUCAGCUGCUUAAAACUACUGACUUGGAGGUCUACUGUGUGUAACAUUAAUACAUAGACAUUACAGGCCAAUCACAGGGGUUUUUCUUGUUGCGGGGACAAUUAAAACAUUUAGGAUUUGUGUCUUGAAAAUAUCAAAUAUAUUAGACCAGAUGUAAAAAAAUUAUGACUCCACUUGAGAAAUAACACUAGAAGAAAACUGGUGUUGGGUGUUCUCAUGUGAUCAAACAUUGACUUUUCAUCUUCA